AUGCUCCACAGUCACCAAUGGCGACUAAAAAAACCCUAUGUUGGUUACUUCUGGUUUGUUUUUAUUAUGCUGACUCCAGCGUUGCAGUAAAAAGAUUAAUUAUUAUUAAUAUUAUUAUAUAUGCUAAUUGGUUUAAUAUGUGCUCACAUAAUAGACCUUUGCUCUCUUGGUUGCUCAAGUUCUCGUCAUUUGCCAAUUAUUGUGAUGGUUGUUGUUUAUUACUAUGUUUGCAUCCAAACUUCUACGUGUUCCGUAUAGGAAGUCAAUAAGAAAAGUCGUCACAAGUGCAGAGAAAUUGAGUUUGACAAGUGCUGCUGUGGACACAUUUUACCAAAAUGAAAAAAAGAAAUCAAUAAAAACUGACAUUGUACCUCACAAAACAUUUAUAAAUCGUAACCCAAGAAACUUGGAACGAUUGGCUCUUGCUCACAAGGACCAAGGUUGGGGAAAAGGAAUACCGGACCGACCUGCUACCAACUGGCCUACUGGUUCAUAUCAUCAUAGGAUUUUAUUUGAAGUCACCGGGAAACAUACUUACGCAAGUUUACUUCAUUAUCAUGGAAAUCAAGUUGUAGCAGUCUCGACAAGAGAGUGGAGCAUUCAGAAGAUGCUAUACAAAGGAAAUGAUGUCAGUGCAUGCUAUAAUAUUGGAACAAUUUUUGCUGAGCGAUGCAUUCGUGCGGGUAUAUCAUGCGCUGCAUGGACAAUUCCACAGAAUAUGGUAGACAACUCGGAUCGCAUAAAAUCAUUUUGCACAGCUGUGGUAGAAACUGGUUUUGUGUUAGAAGAACCGGACCAAAUUUCUUUCAAAAGUUUUCAACCACCACAUGUAGAAAAGAAGGGUCCAAGGCCUCCAAGAAGAGUAUAGAAAAUUAAAAAUAUCUUCUAUUCUUCUUUGGCAGUUUUGGUGAGAUACGGUUUAAUAAAAAAAUGAAUAAUUUCGAACAAUACCUGUGGGUGAUAAAAAGUUCAGAUAUACAGUAAAUUACUAACAAAUUACUCACUUCUAUAAGAAUAAGCAAUACAAUCAAAAUCUCGAUUCGAAUAGACUUCUGUUCAGCUAAAUGUGACUUAACCAGUUCAACCAUAUGAGCACAGUAUGAAAGCUUCUCAUUCAUAAUUUUUACUCUUCGUAUAAUAUUAAGAAACCUUGAAGAUAGAAUUAAUAGUUAUUUAACUUUGCUAUAUUUACAAUUUUGCUUACUCUGUUGUUUUCACAUACAAAUGUUCCAAAUCAUCACGAUCCCAAU